CUAGAACAGUAAUCACAAUGCCUACUGCCAAGCAAUUGUACGAAGCCUUGGUUGUGGCAAAUAAUGCUGCAAACAUAAUAUGUCAAUCGGUCAACAUUGUCAAGAAAGAAACUACUAAUUUCUAUAACUUUUCAAUUGUUACCAAACCCCUUCGGGAUUAUGAUGGAUCCUACUCAAUGUUUGAAAGUGCAAGAUUAAGAGCAGAAAAAGCAAGAAAUAAUGUUGAAGCUACUACAAGAGGUCAUAAUCCACCAAAGACUAAUAAUAUAAAUCAGAAAAGACAAUAUUCAACCAAAACCUUCAAUAAAGAUCAAAAUACUGAGCAAGAUGUUCAAAUUAGAAGGCCCAGGAAAAAGACAACUUCUGCUAGUCCAAAAAUUAUAGGUGAAGCAGAAAAGCCAGAGUUUGAGUUAUCAAGUAGUGAAGUUCCCAGUUCAAGAUUAGCUCGAAUAUUUCAUUAUGGUUCAUUAGCUGCUGGUGUAGGUAUUGGUGCUGCUACUCAAGGAUUAAAACAUAUUGCAUCAGGAAAGUCAACAUCAGAUUUAAAUCUCGGAUCAUUGAUUUUAUCACCAGCCAAUAUUGAAAGAAUGGCUAAGAAAUUUUCAAAAAUGAGAGGAGCAGCAUUAAAGAUUGGUCAAAUGAUGUCUUUUCAAGAUUCCUCUGUGUUACCAAAGGAAAUUCAACAAAUCCUAUUAAGAGUUCAAAAUUCGGCCCAUUAUAUGCCUCCAGGUCAACUUGAAAGAGUAAUGGUACAAGAAUUAGGAAAUAACUGGAGAAAGAGAUUAUUUGCAUCAUUUGAAGAUAUUCCAAUGGCUGCUGCUUCAAUUGGUCAAGUGCACACUGCUGUUACGGAAGAUUUAACUCCUGUGGUAGUAAAAGUUCAAUAUCCUGGAGUUGCAGAUUCUAUUGAUUCAGAUUUAAACAAUUUAUUAUUGUUAUUAACAGCUAGUAGAUUAUUACCAGCAGGAUUAUUUCUUGAUAAAACCAUUGCUAAUGCUAGAACCGAAUUAAAAUGGGAAUGUGACUAUAUCAGAGAAGCUCAGAAUCUUAUAGCAUUCCGUGACUUAUUAAAAGAUGAUGAAGUUUUUGAAGUUCCUAGAGUAUUUGAUAAAUUGUGUGGAGAACAUGUAUUGACAAUGGAAAGAAUGAGAGGUACAGAGAUUGUUAAGGGUAAUUGGAGUCAAGAAACUAAUAAUUGGAUUGCUACUAAUAUUAUGAGAUUGUGUCUUUUAGAGAUUAAAAAAUUUAAGUUCAUGCAAACCGAUCCUAACUGGGCCAAUUUCCUUUACAAUGAAAAGACCAAUAAGAUUGAAUUAUUGGAUUUUGGAGCUGCUAGACAAUUUGAUGAUAAAUUCAUUAAUAAUUAUGUAGAAGUUUUAAGAGCUGCUGUUAAAAAGGAUCAUAAAAAAGUUGAAUUUUAUUCUAAAGAGUUAGGUUACCUUACAGGUAUGGAAUCACCACAAAUGACUAAAGCUCAUGUUGAAUCCAUUUUAGUUUUAGGCGAAGCAUUUUCUCCAAUAGAUAAUAAGGGUAAACCUUUUGAUUUCAAUAAUCAAACCAUUACUGAUAGAGUUAGAGGUAAUAUUGGUUUAAUGUUGAAUGAAAGAUUAACUCCUCCACCUGAAGAAACUUAUUCCCUUCAUAGAAAAUUAAGUGGAGUUUUCUUAUUAUGUGCUAGAUUGAAGGCAGAGGUUCCAUGUGAAGACCUCUUCAGAGAUAUCAUUGGUUAUGAAUAAUUAUUCAGGGGGUAUAUAUAAACUGUAAAUAUAAUUGGUAUACUUAUACAUAUUAGAUCGAACCGAUAAGGAAAAAUAAAAUAUAUAAAAAGUUAAAAAAAAA